UUAGGGCUUGUUUGGCAUCCCCAAAAGCCCCAUAUUCCCAUUAUAUACACUCAAUCGAAAAAAAUAAAAAUAAAAAUUCCGACAUUGUUCUUGAGAGAGAGCAAAAAUUAGAGAUAAUGGAGGGAGAGAACUCGAACUACCAUUACAGAGAAUGCCUUCGAAACCAUGCAGCCAGUCUCGGCAGUUACGCCACCGACGGCUGCGGCGAAUUCACCCUCGACGACGCCUCCUCUCCGCCCAACCACCUCCACUGCGCCGCCUGCGGCUGCCACCGCAACUUCCACCGCAAACUCACCUACAUCGUCGCCCCACGCGCCUCCGCCUCCGACGACGCCCUCAACAUCGACUACGACCGCCACGCCGUCGUCGAGUACUCCCCCGCCGCCGACACCGGAAAGAAGCGCUUCCGCACAAAGUUCACGCCCGAUCAGAAGGACAAGAUGCUCGCAUUUGCCGAGAAAUUGGGCUGGAAGCUGCAGAGGAAAGAUCUCGACGACGAGAUCGAGAGGUUCUGCCGGAGCGUGGGCGUCACUCGCCAAGUUUUCAAGGUUUGGAUGCACAAUCACAAAAAUGCCUUCUCUUCUACUUCUGCAGCUUCCACUGGAAAUGCCUCUUCUCUAACGCAGUAAGAUUAAUUAAUUAAUUAUUCCAAUUAAAUUAAUUAAUCCUCCAGAUGUGAUUUUAUUAGAGGCCUAAUUUCUCCUUUCAGAUCCCUUUCUUAUUCUUGCUUAAGAGGGUCUAUAUGGGCUUUUCCGCUGUAUUAUAUAUUUAUAUAAAACUAAUUUUCUUCCAGG